AUGACCAGAAAGUCUGCGAAGAAAACUGGUGUAUGUGGAUCUGGGAGGCAUAAGAAAUUACGAAAACCCGAAGCAGUUCAAGAAGAGGCAGAAGUGGGUACCACAGACAGUGCUUCUGUUGAAAGGCAAGAUUCAGAUGAGGAGUUCGCAGAGCCGGGACCAGACAAUAUGUUCUCUGAUCCUGAUGUAUGCGACAGUUUUGAUGAAACAGAGGCAAAUAGCGACUAUCAAGGACUGAGAUCAAAAACAUCCAAAUCUGGGGGUGUGCCAAACACCGAGGAAGGAACUUGUAUGGAAGCUUUGAAGGUGAAGCAUAGAAGUACGAAGAAACGUGCGCUUUCGCCAUUGUUGGACUUAAUUGAUGUGGUGCCUAUAGCUUCAAAGAACUUCUCUAAUAGUGGAGGUAUUCUCAUUCACUUUUUGGGCCUGAAUAUUUCUGACUUUCAAUAGUU